AGAAGGGGAAGUGUGAAGAGUUCCUGUCCAGCCUGUCACCAGCCUCGGGUCUUCAGUUGGUCAUGGAAUCUGUGGAGACCCCUGUCAAGGAUGGCAUCCUCUACCAGCAGCACAUCAAGUUUGGCAAGAAGUGCUGGAGGAAGGUGUGGGCUCUGCUGUAUGCAGGAGGCCCAUCAGGCGUUGCACGGCUCGAGAGCUGGGAUGUCCGUGACGGUGGCCUGGGGCCGGCAGGUGACAGAUCCACAGGGCAUGGCCGGCGAGGGGAGCGUCGGGUCAUCCGCCUGGCUGACUGUGUGUCUGUGUUGCCGGCGGAUGGUGAGAACUGCCCCAGGGACACAGGUGCCUUCCUGCUCACCACCACAGAGCGGAGCCACCUCCUGGCUGCGAAGCACCGCCAGUCCUGGAUGGGCCCCAUCUGCCAGCUGGCUUUCCCGGGAACGGGAGAGUGCACCUCUGGACCAGGGGAGACUGAGUCUCCCAAGAGAGGCUGUGUUCCUAUGGAGGAAAACGUCAUCUACUCCUCUUGGCAAGAAGUGGGUGAGUUUCCAGUGGUGGUGCAGAGGACCGAAGCUGCUAUGCGCUGCCAACUGAAGGGGCCCUACCUCCUGGUGCUUGGCCAAGAUGCCAUCCAGCUGAGGGAAACCUCCAGCCCCCAGGCCCUCUACAGCUGGCCCUACCGCUUCUUGCGCAAGUUUGGCUCUGACAAGGGUGUGUUCUCCUUUGAGGCUGGCCGCCGCUGUGACUCUGGCGAGGGCCUCUUUGCUUUCAGUAGCCCAUGUGCCCCAGACAUGUGUGGGGCUGUGGCUGCUGCCAUCGCCCGCCAGCGGGAGCUACUGCCAGAACUGGCUACGACUCGGCCCUGCCCUCUGCCUCGGGCCAUCUCCCUGCCCUCCUUGGAGCUCCCUGGCGAGCUUCGGGAGGUGCCCCCGGGGCUUGAGCUGCCCACCUCCAGGAGGGUACCUAGGACUGAGCCCGGCCCUCAGAGCCUGCCCCUGCUGCUGAGCCCCACACAUGAAGAAGGCUCAACAUCUGGUCUCUAUGCGUCUGUGCGCAAGCGGACCAGUGGGCCCCCGGCCUCCGUGGAGCACCUCUAUGAGAACCUGUGCAUGCUGGAGGCCAGCCCUGGGCUGUCCAACGGGGAUCCCGAGCCUCAAGAGGGCCCUGUUGGUAGCCGCAGCCCCUUGGCCAGCCCCGUCUAUCACCACAGCGAGGACCUGUGCUGGCCUGGUCAAGUCCCUGACAGCAGCCUCGAGACCCAGUACCGGCGUCUGCUAGAGCUGGAGCUAGAUGCUGGAGGUGCCAGCCGCCCUGGCACUCAGACGGGCUUCAAGGCCAAGUUGGUGACACUGCUGAGUCGUGAACGGAAGAAGAGCCCAGUCCCCUGUGACCGGCCCUGAGGGCCCGUGUAGUGGCAGUGGGAGGGCAGAGGUUCUCUCUGCCCAGGACGGGAAAGAACAUGUGCACACAUGCCCUGUCUACUGUGGCCUCCAAGGUCCCACACAGCCCUGCCUGCCUCCCUCCCUAACAGUGCGAAGUGUACAGACUGCUCAGUAAUAAAGCUGGCCUGCCAACUGCC